AUGGGAACCACAAAGUACCUUCUCAUCACCAGUUUUCUGUUGUUCUUGGGCCCGUUCUUUGACAUCGCAGAUGCACAAACAACACCCAACACUACAGCUGAACCCACUACUACACCAGCAACAACAACUACACCAGUACUAACUACUGCAGCUGAACCCACUACUACACCAGCACCAACUACUACACCAGCAGUUACUACAGUAACCACUACUACUGGGACAACAGUUACUACAGGAUCCACUGCCACUGGGGCAACAGUUAUUACAGGAUCCACUACUACUGGGAUAACAGCUACUACAAGAUCCACUGGUAUUGGGGCUUCAACUACUACAGAAUCUUCUGCAACUGGGUCUACAGGAACCACAUCCACUGCUACAAAUAAUGGAAUACAAACCUCCGCUGGAGGGAACAGUGCCACGACCCAGAGCACUACCGAAACCACUUCUGACCAACUUGCAGUUCCAUACUGGGGUAUUAUCUUGAUGGGAUUAGUAGCAAUUCUCGGAGUUGCCUUAAUCUUAGGAUUGCUGUUUGGAUUCUUGGCCUGUGCAAGGACCUCUGCCACCUACGCUGUAGAGAGUUAUCCUGCCUACUUUACACAUUCGAGGUGGUGGAACCCUACACGUCUCUCCAUGGUCCGAGACCCUGAGCAUGGAAUCCAGUCAAGACCAAACAUUAGACGACUAUCAAGCCAGACAGAGAAUUACGAACUUCAUCAAAGAGCACAACAAUCUGGACAGAGCCACAAAUAAUCCACAUUGAUUAACUAAGCGAUGUUGGGAUUUAAACUAGCAUGGCAGCAAAGUUACUCUAAAAAUGCUAUUUACUACCAGGUGUAACUCUGCUGUUAUGCCUAUUAUUAAACACUUCUCACUGGAGGAAUCUCCAUAGUAAACUAGAGGAACCACAAUGUCAUUCUGUAUUCACAAAUGGCACUGAGGUUUCAAGGGCACAUAAAGGACAUUUGUCUGGAGCUACACCUGGUCUCACUAGAAAAGUGCACAAGUAAAAAUAACUCUUUAUAUGCAGUAAUCUUUCCCUGUAGCACUGAAAAUACAAUAUAAUAGUUAUAUAAUCUACAUGAUUGGCAUACAGUCAGACUGAGAUGACUGACUACCAUACAAUAUAAAAAAUAAAUGCAAAAAAGUGAGAACCUCCGGAACACUCAGAAAAAAGCAAUAUGGGUCUAGUGGACUCUUUUCUUUCUCCACACCAUGCGUUGGGGAGAGUAAUACAUAAAAAAAGUACCCAGGAGAUUCUCAGUCUCAUGUCUUAUAGAC